UAGCACGCCGAUAACGAUGCGAAACGAUAAGUUUCUGGGGUCCAACGCUUCGUGUUUUCAGUCCGUUCACAGUUUCCCGAAGCAUAUUACAUGACCGAUUAUCGUCGUUGUUUCCAGACACAACUCGAUUAAUAGGUAAGAAGAACUGUUAGUUUCGCGCGGACGCGCAGUCGAAUAAUAUUAAAAUGGUCGUGGCGUUCGAUUUCCGUUUCGACCGUUGGACGUCUAUUGUUUUUGGCUCCGGAGUAAAAAAGAAAACGAUUCAAACACGAUGAACCCACAGUUUCUUUCAAAAAAUACGUUGUUGCUUGUAAUGAGGAAAUGUCGUUCUAUUAUAAAGGAUGUGACAGAGAAGUACCUGAAGUAAAAUGCUGGUAUCCAAAAACAAUAGUUUAUGAUCCAAUAAAAGCUGGCAGUAUAGAUGGCACUGAUAUCGAACCACAUGAUGCUGGUAUUGUUAGAGCUGUAAAUUCUAAGUACAAACCUAGUUACAAGGCAAAAGGAAAUCCUCUAAAUACAAUAUUUGUCGGUAGACUCAGCUUGGACACAACAGAAAAAGAUUUAGAAAAAGAAUUUUGUCGCUAUGGUAAAAUGAAAGCUUUAAGAUUGGUUAGAGAUAUUAUAACAGGAUUAAGCAAAAAAUAUGCAUUUAUUGAGUUUGAAACAUUUAAAAUGGCAUUAAAUGCUUAUGUACGCUGUAAAUCUCUAGUAUUAAAUAGUUCAGAGGUAUUUGUAGACUUUGAGUGUGGGCGCUUAUUACCUGGAUGGAAACCUCGUAGAUUAGGUGGUGGUUUUGGAGGCCAUAAACAAUCAGGUCAACUUCGGUUUGGUGGUAGAAUUAGAUGUUUUAAACCACCAUUAAAUUUAAUUGAUAUAAAAAAAAAUAAAUCAUUUAAGGAUGGAAGUCAAGAAAAAGUUGCAUCAACAAAACAUUCACCAUCAACUAAACCUUCAUUUUCAACCAAAUCUUCAACUUCAGUCAGACCAUCAUCAUCAACCAGACCUUCGUCAUCAACCAGACCUUCAUCAUCAGCCAGAUCUUCAUCAUCAACUAGAUCAUCAACAUCAAACACAACUUCACAUUCAAACGCAAAUAAUGUUUCAACUACACCAGCGGUUAGAACUAUUUCUUUGCCGUUAACACCGCCCUCAAAUUCAUCUAUAGUUUUACCAUUAACACCACCAUCAUGUUCAAAUAUAAAUUUACCACUAACACCACCUUCACAAUCAAUUAUUGUCUUACCAUUAACACCGCCCUCUCAGUCAAUUGUAACAUUGCCAUUGACACCACCACCACAUUCAGUUGCUCCUUUACCUUUAACACCACCCUCAAAUUCAGUUUCAACUUCUUGUAAUUCCAUGUAAUUUAAAAAAUGUUCACAAUUUUUUUUAAUAAGUAAAUAAUUUCAUAAAAAAAAAAAACUAUUACUAUUAUUAUUUUUCAAUUACCAAAAACUAUUUUUACUAUUAAUUUUGAAGUAUUGUGAUACCACUUCUACACAGCAAUAAACAGGAGUGCAUACUUAAAAUUGUAUAUAUAUUACUUUAAUAUUUUGAAAUAUUUUGAUAUUUUUU